CUGAUAAUUACAGCGUCUUGUUGGAGAAUGUCUGGUGGUUUGUGCCUAUAGGUGCUCUCGGUGCUCUUCAAGAUCGUUCAUCCUUUGGGAAGGUUAGUCAAGUGGUGGAAUAUUAUGGCUCGGCUCGACUGGACUUGCCUGCCUUACGCAAUCACUGACUGACGUUCUGAAGUUCUAGGUCUUAACGCUCUCCGCGCUGUCUCACAACAAAUCCACUUUGAAGUUGACUUAUUCGCUCGGCCAAUCGUCAGAAUGUUGUUGGAAGGAUAAGAUCCAUCCACUUGGAUAUUUCACAGUGCAUAAUAGUUAUUACAGGAACAGUUGGAUAUUUCUGUCGAAGUCCCAAUUAAAUUGAACCCCUUUUGACUAAUUGACUUCUGUAUCCCCUCACACCUUUAAAAUAAAAUCCAUACAUGCAAAUUAGAUUUAAUUUCACAACCCAAAAAAAAAAUAAUAAUAAUAACUCAAAACGAUGCCGAAUUUGAAUCUCCUCCUCCUCCUCUUCCUCUUCCUCUUCCUCUGUUCUUCAGUAGCCAAAACGCGAUCAGAUCCGGCGCCGCGGCGCCACCACUUCGUCCUGGUUCACGGAGCCUGCCACGGCGCGUGGUCGUGGUACAAGGUGGCGGCUCUGCUCCGGUCGGCGGGGCACCGGGUGACGGCGGUGGACAUGGCGGGGUCCGGGAUCGACCGGAGGGAGGCGGAGCGGCUGAGAUCGUUCUCGGAGUACGUCGGGCCGCUGAGGGAUGCGAUGGCGGCGGUGGCGGCGGAGGAGAAGGUGGUGCUGGUAGGGCACAGCCAGGGCGGGCUGUGCAUCUCGAAGGCGAUGGAGAGUUUUCCGGAUAAAAUUUCUGUGGCUGUUUUCGUCGCUGCGGCUAUGCCCGGCCCAUCCCUCAACGUUUCUUUUCUUCUUCAACAGAUGCUUCGGAGGGUAGAUUUUGGGCCAGACAGUCGCUAUACAUAUGGUAAUGGACCGAGAAACCCUCCAACAACUUUGACAUUCGGCCCACUGUUCUCGGCCUCAAAACUCUACAACAAUAGCCCCAAAGAGGACUUAACACUGGCCAACACAUUGAUGAGACCAACCCAUUUGUUUGGGACACAACAAUGGAGCAAGGAUUUGAAUCUGACAGUAGAGAGGUAUGGGUCUGUUAAGAGAGUUUUUGUGGUUUCAGGGAAUGAUAGAAUCAUAAACAAGAAGUUCCAAUGGUGGGUGAUCAAAAGAAAUCCUCCUACUGCUGUGGUGGAAGUUAGAGGAUCAGAUCAUAUGGUGAUGAUGUCCAAACCAUUCCAUCUCUUCAAGAAACUCCAUCGCAUUGCUCGAGAUUAUGCUUAGAUGGCUCGAGACGACGAAUUAUGUUUCUAUUUAGUAACCACUGUUAAUGUCGUUUUUGAUAUCACGAACUUCAUUAGAGUAGUUUUACCCAACAUUACAUCUCUCAAAUCAACUGAUUUAUAUAUGUUUUAAUAAGUUGAGUUGUGUUUAGAUUGAAAUGUUAAAAGUAACACAUAUGUGAGGAGAAUAAGAGAGGCAAGGCAAGCAAGCUAGAGAGUUUCUCCCUUUAGCAACCCCAACCCAAUCAACAAAAUCAACGGUCAGUUGGUCGAUUCAAACGAAAAGUCGUUAUAUGUGGAAUUCGAACCAUCAAUUUCUGGCAUCGGUUUAUACCCAAAAUCGACAGCAACCGACCGAUAUGCACCCCUGCUCAUACUCCUCAAUCUUCCAUCGAAAACUUCUUAACAUAUACCUCAUCCUCAUUCCCUCGGUCCAUUCUUAGUGAUGUUAUAACCAAAAAGAAGGAAACCAAAUCUUUUCACAACUGCUAGAAACAGAAAGAUCAGAACCCAGAAAAGAGAGAGCAACAGAAGCAGAAAAAAGUUACAAAAAA